CAGGGUUAGUUGUUCACGAAAGUUGUUACUUAGUUUUGUGUCGUUAUUCUGAACCUUAAUGAAUUAAAGUCGAUAGUUUAAUGGAAAUGUGUCCGUUAGUAACGGAGUAUAUAUGUAACAAACGGGAGUCCUGCAGCUGUGAACUGCACAGGUACUUGAAAGAAUUUCGCACACAGCAAUGUCCGCUCUUUCUCCAACACAAAUGUACACAGCACAGGCCUUUCACUUGUUUUCACUGGCAUUUCAUGAACCAGCGGAGGCGAAGACCUGUUAGGAAAAGAGACGGGACAUUCAACUACAGUCCGGAUAUUUAUUGUACCAAAUAUGACGAAACGACUGGCAUGUGCCCUGACGGCGACGAAUGCCCAUUCCUGCACAGAACAGCAGGUGACACAGAAAGAAGGUACCACCUAAGAUAUUACAAGACCGGCACUUGUGUUUAUGAGACAGACUCAAAAGGCAAUUGUGUUAAGAAUGGACCGCACUGUGCAUUUGCCCAUGGUCCAAUUGAUCUGCGUGCUCCUGUGUAUGAUAUCCGUGAACUUCAGGCAAUGGAGCAAAACUCAGAUAUAUCAAGUAGUCCAGGAACACCUAACAGUGGCAGUUUGGAAAAAGACAGGCUUUUAUUGGAGGAUCCAAGAUGGAAUGAUACAAACUUUGUACUUGCAAACUACAAGACAGAAACCUGCAAAAAGCCUCCUCGUUUGUGUAGACAAGGAUAUGCCUGUCCUCAUUUCCACAAUGCCAGAGAUCGUAGACGUAGUCCGAAAUUGGCUAAAUACAGGUCAACGCCAUGUCCAAACGUGAAGCAUGGUGAUGACUGGGGUGACCCGACUCAGUGUGAGAAUGGAGACAACUGUGGUUACUGUCAUACACGUACAGAACAGCAGUUCCACCCAGAGAUUUACAAGUCCACAAAGUGUAAUGACAUGGUUCAGACAAACUUUUGCCCAAGGGGACCAUUCUGUGCAUUUGCACAUGUAGAACAGGAGAUCACAACACAGAGGGAAAUUAUUCAGCAAGGAUCGUCUUUCCUGGCGGCGAUGAUAUCAAACCUGUUACCCUCUUCUAGUGUACCUUCGAGUGUUUCCAUGCCGAGUAUGGCCAACCUUCCACACUCCCUAUUGUCAACUAGUGCUCCUACUUCAGUCUUACAGCCGGUGUUAGAAGAAAGUAUAACAAACGGUAUAUUUACAAAUUCUUGGACCAAGAUGCCUGACCCAAUUGGCAAAGAGAGGACUUACUCUGGAAAUUCAGUCGUAAGCACAACCAGUAUAGGGAGCAUGUCCAACCACCAUGUGGGAAGUCCCCUGCCUGACCCCAUAGGCAAGGGCCGGUCCAACAGUAUCUCGAGUAGUGUGGCAUCAAAUGACAGCUUCUACCAAAGGAUUAUAGGCUCAGAAAGGGAAGACUUUAAUCAGAUUAAAUUACGUCAGCAACUGCAAGCAAUAGACAAUGAUUUUAACCUUGAUAGUACAGAAAAGGCGAAGAGAAAGCAGAACCUAAUGCUAGUGCACAACAUGAAUUUGUCAUGCAGUGUGGGGCAAUCAGGGAUGGCAAACUCUGUGACGAUUCCCAUGGCAAAGUCCAUGUCUCCAUUCGCUCCCUCAUUCUACCCUCCCAGGGAUACAGUAGGAUCUGUGAUAGAGCAAGCAUUAGAGGACAUAACACUUGAUGAUAUUGACAUCAACGCCCUGGAAAAGGAGCUCGACAACGAUACCAAUUCUCUCAGUAGCUCCAUAUCUGCGGGACUCUCAUCAGGUAUGCAGUAUGGUUUUGGAUCAUCGUCCAUACCUAUUGGGAUUCCACCUUGCAGUAUCCCACGUGGGAGUGUGGGAAGCCUCUCCCAGUCUCCAACCUCGCCGUAUGGAAGUUUCCCACACUCCAUCAUACCUGUACACACACCAAAGGAGUCACAUAAUGAUUUUAACAACUACCUAGGCCAACACAAUCACAUGAAGUUCUCUGGAAGCCCAUUUGCUGAGGUGAACUCUAUGUCUCCCAGGAGUGGCCCCGGGGGCCCCCACUCCCCCCUUUACUCCCAGACAGUGAGCAACAACCUGUCAAAUAACCAUUCUGACGUGCAAAAGCUCCAAUCAGAUGUGAUCGUCUACAAGACAAAGCUCGACCACUGGGAACAGGCUUACAACCAGGCCAAGGCGGCGUGUGAGGCAUGGAAAAAGGAGGCCGAUGAGAGUUCCCGGAAGGUGAAGACCUUAGAGGAUGAGCGAAACACAACAGCUAAACAGCGUGAUGAGGCCCUUACACAGUGCAAGAAGCUGAAGGAAACCCAGAUGAACUCAGGGAAGUCACUAGGCAACUACACACACAAAGUGCCCGCCACGGGCGACCUAGACUCCAUGAAGUUACCACAGUUAAGACAUCUACAACAACAGCUCCGCACUGACCUUGAGAAAAUCGAACAGGUAAUUUACAAGCAGUCUGCAGUGAAAUGUGUUAUAUGUUCGGAAAACAACCGGAGUAUAGCAACCACACCUUGCAACCACUGUGUUAUGUGCGACAAAUGUGCCCCUACAAAAUCAGAGUGCCCAAUGUGUCGGGUCCAGAUUUCACAGAGGGCUACAGUUAACUAUCAUUUGUAAUGAUGGUGUUUAAUAGGGAUGUGGUUUUUUUUUCAAUUUGAAAUUGACUUUUAACAAAUUAGCUUCAUAAGCUCAUAGAUGAGUGAUUUUUUAUUCUAUGAGUUUAGAAUAACAAAUUUUCUUCAAAUUUGUAUAGGUUAUGUAAAUUGAUUUAGGGUUUAUAUUAUAAAUGUAAAUUUAAUAGGAUUUACCAAUUUUUUAUUCACAUGUUACGUAUUAUUGUUAGAUGAUGCCAUUAAUUGACUAUUUUAGUUUAAAGUAUAUUUUUUGUUGAGAUGUUUAAAGCUUCACCAAUUUGUAGUAUUUAUGAUUUUUUUUUUUUAUAUCAUCAACUAGUGUUAUCAAAAUGUUCAUUGCUUUAUUUUUGUAGCAUUAACUUUGGCCAGAGAAUGAUAAAGACAAAUAUCUAAGGUUGAAAUUGUUUUUUGUUUGUUUAGCUUUAGGAUAAUAUUUUGUUCCAUUUUGUAUGUGUUCUACGUAAUUCAAGAAACAUGUACAUUCUGAAUGGAAGGUAUAAUUUGACUCAGUUAUUAACUUACAUAUUUAAUUGAAUACUAAAAUGAAACUGUGCUGUUUAUUAUGAUUUAUUCAUUAUUUGCAUUGUGACUCUCUGUUACAGUUUUAAUAUAGACUAGGAAGUUUAUUAAUGAAUUGUUUCAAGUCAAAACUGUUUGCCAUAAAGUGUCUGUAAUAUUGUUAAGAUUUUCUUCAUUUAUAAAAUUAAUGAUUUUUGCAAUUAUCACCUUUCAUGAACAUGUUUGGGCCAUUGUAUGUUUCAUUUAGGUUGACAGUGUAUAUCCAAGAACAGAAUUUUUUAGCUUGUCUGUUUUGGGAAGAAAAAAGUAGAGUGAUUGUGAUAGCCUUGCCUUUGUUGGCAUAAGCCGCAUCUUUUGCUUUUGUUUUUUAACACUUUAACCCGGGCCAUAACUCAAUCAUAAAACAAUCAUUAUAUUCACAUGAAUUUAAUGAAACAAAUAUGUACAUGUAUUGCAAUCAAUGCCUGUUACUGUUAUAGAUUUUGAGUUAUGGCCAUUUUUGACUGAAAAUAAACAGAUUAGCGUUUACACCAGCUUAUGAUUUUUGUUUGAAUAUUUUAUCUGUUUUGUUGGUGUGUCGACAUUUAGAAGUUUGCAGUAUUUGAUUAGCAAUAUGUUUUCAGAUUAGUAUUUAUAACAUCUAGACACCUUAUUUUAGUUAUAAUUGAUUUGAUAUUUAAGUUUGUGCGUUAGAUCUAAUUUCGAUCAAUAUCAUUGAAUCUCAUUUACACUCAUGGACCUACAUUGUGCAUUGGUUAAUUAGGUUUUAAUAUAAUAUUUCACUUCUAGCUUUAACUGAACACUUUGCAUUACUUUUUCCUCAUCUGUUUAAUCACAGUUGUGAACAUAUAGAGUCGUGCAUUUGAUUUCAUUGAAAAUUACAAAAAAAUAUCAAAAGUUCAUGUUUGUUUGAUUUUAAUAGCAUCUUGUGCUGAUGUAUAGUUAAAUUUAAAAUUUAGAACCAUUUUGUACUUUGCUUUCUUACAAAUUGGUUUUUAUUAUUUGUUUGCCAUGAUGUUUCAUUAUUUAAAAUGCCUUUGUUUUACUGUAAUUAUGACACUGUUUUGUCAUUGUCACAUGAGUUAGUUAUCAUUUUGUUAUGAAUGAAAUAAGUGUUCAAAUGUUUUAAGCAUUAAAAUCAGGUUCAUUCUAAUUAUGCAAGCUCUGAUGUUGUUUUGAAUGUGGUAUCUUGUAAAGAAAGGAGUGGAAUAGUUUGUGAUUGGCUGAUUUUAUGUGUCUUGCCUGACCACAUUUUGUAACAUGCAUUUUAAUUGGAUGUUGAAGAAAUGUAACGCUCAGCUGCCGGUCAGCCGAGAUGUGAGUGGACCAGCCUUCUUUUGUUUGUGCAAUAGAUUUUAAUAUACAGAGGAGUUCAUUGUCUUAAACGUUGGUCCUCUUGCCUUAUAAAUAUAAUGAUUUAUCAAAACUUAUUUUUGCCUUUCAUAAAAAUAUGGAUUGAUAACAUUUCCUCAAUCUCAAAUCUAAGAUAAAUCUGAUUUUGUUUCCAUAUGGGUCUAUCAGUUAUAAUCAUAACCAUCCACCUCUCCUUAGUCAUCGGAACACAAAUUUAGACUUAACAACACCUGCAGACCAGGAACCCAUGUGUGUACAAGAUAUAAGUAGAACUAAUGAAAUGAAUAAAUAUUUAAAUGGAUAGUGAAAUGUAUCAUUUUAUUAUAGAAACACUCAGUCAUGUGCUUGAAAAGUACUUAUGUCAUUGAUAUAAUAUUAUAAAUAUCUGCCGACAGCGUCACAUAGUGGCGAAACUAUUAUUGAAACCACGAAGAGAUAAGCUAUGUUUAUUUAGCACAUUGAAUGAUGUUGAUAAAAAAUACAGGGUUAUUCAUCUUGAUAACAAGUAAUCGGUAAUGGUUAUAAGUAUAUAUUUAUAAAGAAGAUGGUUUAAUGUAAAACAUGUCACAUACCUUUUCUUUUUGUUAUUGCGUACUUAUAACCCUUAAACCAACUUAGUGAUCGAGAUUAUAGUUUAUUUACUGGCCCAACCUCAGUUUGAAUAUACUGAUUCACCUUAUUAAAAUCCAAAAUUUCUGACUGCUGAUUUACCAAGAUAUGGCAGAUUUAAUAAAUACUGCCACCCCAUUGGACAAAAUAUAAUGUAGAACCUUAAAUGUUGAUUAUAAUCUAGACCACUAUGUUGCUUAGUGUUAGAAGUAUAGGAUAAUUUUGAUCAGAUGUUCCCCAAGUGAUCAACAGCUUCAGGUUUUGUCCUAUUCAGUCAAAUUGCCUACAUAGGUUGUAAUUGUGAUAAGUCUGUAUCUGAAAUAUGCAGCUGGUAAAUACAAUAAGAGAACAUGUAUAUUUGUCUCAUCAGAUCUCAUUAGUGUAGACCUGGGGCCAUAUUCCUAAAGCUUCUUACGAUUACAAGUACAUUUUUCACUUUAUUGCAUUUUUUAGAUAUUUUAACAACGAAAAUUUUAAGUAACCUUUUUUCAUUAAAUUCAUUUAUAAACCUUAAUUAUUUGGAACUUUCUUGCAUACUUUUAUUUUUUUUGUGUGAAACACUAGAUGUUCUGUAAUUUUAAUGAUUUUUUUCCCACCAAGAUGCUAUAUGAAUACGGCUUCUGUUUUAAUGCGUGUUGUUGUAUUCUCUCUAAUGUCGAAUUUCCGGAAACUGUAUGUUUUGUAUGCAAGAAUUAUGGAGGAAACAAAAGAUUCAAUUCUUGUUCAGAGUAUUGUUAAAAAUACAUUAUAUUGAAGGAAAUGGAGCAAGAUCUAGUUCUUUAGACUUAUAUUUAAUAAAUGACAAAAUUCUACAAAAUUUGAUGCAAAUCUAUGCCUUUCAUAACAAACGAAAAUCGGUGACAUUUUGCAUCUAAAAUGCAUAAGCUAAUAAUUUAAGGUUGUUGCAUACUUCCUCAUAUGGUAAUACAGCUAACCAAAGGUUGUGAGUCGCAUUGCUUAGAAAUUUGAAAAAAUGUGGUAUUUUUUUAUUUUAGAUAAAGCAGAUUAUUUUUUUACAUUUAAGUAUGCAAGAUUGACAACAUCAUGAUGAAAGUAUUUGAACCUUGUGUUAUACAGAAUUCUGGCUGACAAUAGCUUGGUUAUUGAAAAUGUAAUAGUAUUACAUCUAUUGUUCACAGAUUUAAAACUAAAUAAUCAAUUUCAAUAGUUUCCAGACAUAAAAUCCAAAUUAUUUUCUGUUAUUGUUUUAGAUAAGAUUUACAACAUUUUAUUUAAUUUGUUUUGCAAAAAAAUGGCAUAUAAUUAUAUUUAUACUGUAAUGUCUAAAACACUCUCAUAACCCUUUUUCAAUUGUGAACUGGUCUAGUAUACAAUGAGCCAAUUUUCUGAUAAGCCAGGGUUGAGCCAAAGUUCUGAUAAGCCAGGGUUCUUCCAAUGUCUCAGGUACAUGUGUAUUGUGUUGUCCUUCAUGUCACAAGAAACUAAUGCUGUUGUGUAUAUUCAAUGUACCAGGAUUGCACACAUUUGUGCAAGAAUUGAUUAGAGUAACUCAUGCAAUUUUAUUCUCAAAUGAAAUCAUGUAAUAUCAUUCACGAUUGUUGGAGUGUUUACGCCUAUGUCAACCAAUGGAAAGUAUAUGGUGACAUUUGACUCUCAUUACUUCAUGUUUAAGCCAUUUUCCCAUUCAAAUAUCUAAGAACAUUUGCAAACUUUUAGCAGGACAUUUUUUCAAUACCUGGGUUGUGAACGUUUCAGUUGAAGGGAGUUUUUUGAAUUUCUUUGAAUAUCUUUGAAUUUCAUAUAAGUUCAUUUUGUUCAGUUUCAAGAAAGGUUGUUAGGAGAUAUUUCUUAAAUUUCACAUGUUAUGUUUGAGCACUCUUCUAUGAUAAUGGCUUGUUUCUAAGAACACACUUAAAACACUGGUAAAAGAAGUAUUUCACACAUCUCCUCCACUGUCGUCUGCAUGAUCGUUGGGACUUGCUUAUGGAAAUCUGUUCUAUAAAAUGUUACAAGCAUCUAGUUUCUCCGGGUAACAUCACUUGAACUAUUUAGUUGACUGUGUUAGAUGCUGAAUAUCUGGCUGCUGUAUGGUACCAGAAUACUUCAUUUGCAGUCAUGGAUUGUUUUGAAACUAGGAUAUGCUUUACCCUCAAUUACUUGUGUGUUUUAUUAGCAUUCUAAUGCUUAAAACAAAUGUCUUAUGAUUAUGUACAACGAGUUUAAUUAUUAUUACAUAUAAAGUAGCAGUUCAGUUUAAGAUAACAAUCUUCCUGCUCGUGUUUUUUGAGGUUCUAUUUUGAAUGAGCUAUCACAGUUUUUGUUGAAAAUAAGAAAUAAAAUUCAAAAUCAGAA